AUGACACGGGAGGCCGACCCUCCCCCCCAACCGCUGGUCGACGAAGACCCGGAGAGCAGCGAGGCGUUCAAGGUUCUCGACGCGCUCCUCGCAGCCGGUGGGAUCGAACGAUCGAAGGUGUACAAGGCGAAGGCGGCGUACUGCGAGCUCCACGACGCGCUCGGGUCUCAGCUGGCGCGCGUCGUGAAACUCGAGGCGGAUGCCGCGACGCUCCACGGAACGCUCGAGGGCGGCGUCGCCGAGUUGGAGGCGGCGCGCGCCGCCGCGAGGAACCGCCUGACGCAGGAGGAAGAAGACGAACUCGACCGCCUGAGGCGCGAGUGCGACGUCGCGGUCGCCGAGGCUGAGCUCGCGGGCGAGCGCGAGCAGUCCGCGUCCAUGGACGUGUACGAGGCGACGCGAGCGAGGAACGACGCGAAGCGGCGAUUGGAAGAGGUGGAGCUCGAGCACGAGCGCGCGAUGGCGCCGGCGAUCGCGUCCGCGAGGGCGGAGGUGUCGGAGCUCGCCGAGGACGUGCGGUCGGAACGGACGCGGAUGGAGGACAUGCGCAAGACGGCGGACGACGCGAGAGUGAAGACGCGAGAGCUCACGACAUUGACUCGAUCCAUCGACGAGGAGCAAACGCGGACCGCCGCGGAGCUCAGCCAAAUCGCCCACCUGCCGCUCAAGAUCCGGCGCGAGUGCGACGUCGUCAACGAGCAGAUCAAGGCGCUCCGGGCGCAGGAGCAAUCGCUUCGCAAGAGGUUCAUCGCGCUGGACGAGUCGGAAGCGCGGCAGGCGGAGACGGUGCGGCGCAAAACGGAGGAACACUCGACGGUUGCGGGGACGCUGGAGCGCGCGGGGAUCGCGAUGGAGCAGAAGGAGCGCACCGCGGACGAGCUGUUGAAGGACCUGGAACGGGAGACGCGCGAGCGCGAGAGGCUUGCGAACGAGAAGACGGAGCUCGAACUGCGAUUGGCCGCGGCGGAUGCGGAUUUGAAAGCCAUCGCCGACGGAAACGCCCGGAAACGAAAGGAGCUCGAGCGGACGGAGCGUAAGACCGGCACGUGCGCCGCGGCGGCCAAGCACGUCGCGGACGUCGUUCCUCAGCUCGAGACGGAGUUGGGGCAGCUGCGGUUGGACGUCAAGACGGAGACGCGCGUGUCCGCGGAGCGGUCGGCGGCGAUUGAAAAGAUUCGCGCCGACAUCGAUAAAGAGAUGAAGGCGUACAUCACGGAGGAAUCCGCGGGUAAGGAGAAGGGUGGCGAGUUCGAGGCGGCGUACGCCCAGGUUGCCAACCUGGAGGAUGUCAUCAAGCACCUGAGGAAGGAGGAGGCGGAGCGGAACAGGGUCGAGAGGGACGUGCGGACGCAGGUUGACCGGCUGAUCAAGACGAACGCGCUCAAGCGCGAGAAGCGCCGCGAACAGACGGAGAAGGCGGGGAGUCUGGACAACGAGCUCGACGACCUGAAGAAACAGGCGAAGGAGAACGCGAGGCGGCUAAAGGAGCUCGUCUCGGCGUUCCACGAGGUGCAGUCGCAGCGCAACAAGUUCGCGCAGCUCAUCGAGGCUGGCAAGCAGACCAAGUCGGAGAUGGGCGAGAAGCUCAGGGUGCUCGCGAACGAGAUCGACAUCCUCCGAUCGGAAUCCGGCGACAAGGAGAUCAAGCUGGUGCACGCGCACGCGCAGCUCACCGGCGCGAUGACCGCGAGGGACGUGCUGAGGCAGGACAUCAACAAGAGGGCCGUGGUGUUGAGGGAGAGCCGCGAUAGGAUCGACGAGCAGGCGAACGAGAUUGAAGGUCUCAACGCCGUGACGCGCCAGGGCCGCAGGGAACGGAUCGCGUUGGCGUCGAGGUUUUCGCACGAGACGUCGCGCAGGGACCACACGGGUUUGAUGCUGGUAGAACGGAACGACGAGGUUGCGGCGCUGCACGAGCGGGUCAACCUCCAGGUGGACGUCGGGCGCCGCGGCGAGAUCGAGCUUCGGAACCGCGAAGACGAGAUUCGCGCCUUGGCCGCGGAGAUUACGAAACACGAGCUGUCCGUUGAGGCGAGCACCGCGCUCGCGUCGAACGUCCCGGGCCUUCUCGCGCAGGUGCAACGGCUCAGGAAGGAUCUCAUCGUGGAGCGCAGGCGGGUCGCGAGGCUCAGCGCGAAGGCGGAGGAGCCCGAAAACGCCGAGCGGUGGAGGGCUCUUCCCGGGAAGGACCCGGGCGCCGACGAGCUCCGCGCAAAGAUGAAAGAUCUCAAGCUCGCCAUCGAGGACAAGGAGGACGAGAUCGAGGAGAACGUUCUGAUGCUGACGGAGCUCGACGCUCUGGUGCGACGCAUGACCAGCGAGGCUGCGAGCGGCCGCGCCGAGUCCCUCGAGCUCGCCAAAACCGUAAACGACCUCGUGACCAAGAUCCAAUCCGCGGAGGAGACGACCAAGUCGACGGUGUCCGAGCUGGCGCUGUGCCAGGCGCGCAGCGAGGCGCUGGCGUUGGAAGCGGACGUGCUCAAGCGACGGCUGGUGGAGGCGCGCGAGAGGGUCGCGCGGGGCGAGGCGCCCGACGAGGAAUCGGAGAAGCGGUGGGCGCGAGAGCUCGCCGGGGAGGCGCAUUCGGCGGACGACGACGACGACGACGACGGGUACGACGGGUACGGCGCGCCGCCGAGGCCGAACGCGUACGUGCCGACGGACGAGAAGAGCUUGGGGGUGCCCCGGCCGUACGGUAAGUUUGCGCCGUUCAAACCGACGGAUGUCGCGGGGAACCUGCGGCACUACCGCAAGCCGACUGCGUCGACGGUCGAAUGA